GGUGACGCCGUGGCCCUGGGCGCCGCCAUGUUGGAAGCUGACGGCGAGGACCAUGGCGGGCUCUGUGGGCCCGUUGGGCCGGUGCUGCAAGUGCGGCCCGGGCUUUUUCUGGGCGGGGCGGUGGCGGAGCCGGGCUGUCUGCGGGAGGCCGGCAUCGCGGCCGUGCUGACGGUGGACACGGAGGAGCCGGUCUGGGCGGCGAGGGCCGAGGCGCAGGGGCUGCAGCGCCUCUUCGUGGCCGCGCGAGACACGGCCGACGCCGACUUGCUCAGCCACCUGGACCGCUGCGCCGCCUUCCUGGCCCGCGCCCGCGCCACGGGCCUCGCCGCGCUCGUGCACUGUCAUGCAGGCGUCAGUCGCAGUGUGGCAGUGAUGACAGCUUACCUGAUGAAGACUGAUCAGCUAACUUUUGAGAAGGCCUAUGGCAGUCUCCAGGCUAUCAAACCAGAGGCCAAGAUGAAUGAGGGCUUUGAGUGGCAGCUGAAAUUAUAUCAGGCCAUGGGCUGUGAAGUGGAUACUUCCAGUGCAAUUUACAAGCAAUAUCGUCUACAAAAGGUUACAGAGAAGUAUCCAGAGUUGCAGAACUUACCUCAAGAGCUCUUUGCUGUUGACCCAACCACUAUUUCACAAGGGCUAAGGGAUGAGACCCUCUACAAAUGCAGGAAGUGCAGGCGAUCUUUAUUUCGAAGUUCCAGCAUUUUGGAUCAUAAUGAAGGAAAUGGUCCUUUGGCCUUUGCCCACAAGAGAGUGACGCCAUCUCUCGUACUUACCACAGGGAGCCAGGCUCAGUGUACCUCUUACUUCAUUGAACCUGUUCAGUGGAUGGAAUCUGCUUUGUUGGGAGUGAUGGAUGGACAACUUCUAUGCCCCAAAUGCAAGGCCAAGUUGGGCUCUUUUAAUUGGUCUGGUGAGCAGUGCUCCUGCGGGCGUUGGAUCACACCUGCUUUUCAAAUCCAUAAGAAUCGAGUGGAUGAAAUGAAAACGCUGCCAGUCUUGGGAUCACAAACAAGAAUAGUGAACUCAUGACAUUUGACAACAUGGGAAGGAACAAACUAUUGAUACUGCUGCUCUAGCUCCAGAGAUGGUCUAAUUUUAGGCUACCGGCAUUUCCUGGGACAGGCAAGAAUGUCUAAUCACUUGGUGUGACUUAGAAACUGCGUUGUUAAGCUUACUAUUUAAUUAGAAUGAUGUGCAUGGAAAUCAAAAGCUUUUACAUCAAAGAAGUAUUUUAUUUGAUAUUAAAAUAUAUCAUAAUUCACA